CGACACAGGAGAGCAGCAAGAGAGCAAGAGGCAGUACAUCACCCAGCAAGCAUGUCCACCUCCAGGCCUCAAGUCAACGUCUACAGCGGCGCAUCCGCCAGCUCCCAAGUCUCACUUCCUGCCGUCUUCAAGGCACCCAUCCGCCCAGAUGUCGUGCAGCAGGUACACACCUCUAUGGCCAAGAACAAGCGUCAGGCCUACGCCGUGAGCACCAAGGCAGGUGGUCAAACCUCUGCUGAAUCUUGGGGAACAGGACGUGCCGUCGCACGUAUUCCUCGUGUCUCCGGUGGUGGUACCCACCGUGCCGGUCAGGCUGCUUUCGGUAACAUGUGCCGUGGUGGUCGUAUGUUUGCACCUACAAAGGUCUACCGCAAGUGGCACUUCAAGGUCAACCAGAACCAGAAGCGUUUCGCUGUUGCUUCUGCUAUUGCUGCUUCGGCCAUUCCUUCCCUCGUGUUGGCUCGUGGUCACCGUAUUGAGGAGCUCUCUGAGUGCCCUCUCGUCGUCUCCGACGAUGUCUCUGGCCUCAAGAAGACCAAGGAGGCUGUUGCUUUCCUCAAGGAGCACAAGGCACACCGUGAUGUCCUCAAGGUUGCCAACUCCAAGAAGGUCCGCGCCGGUAAGGGCAAGCUCCGAAACAGGCGUCACACCCAGCGUCGUGGUCCCCUGGUCAUCUACGACAAGGAUGAAGGUCUCGUCAAGGCAUUCCGCAACAUCCCCGGUGUGGAGGUCGCUAAUGUGCGUACCCUCAACUUGCUCCAGCUCGCCCCUGGUGGUCACCUCGGCCGAUUUUGCAUCUGGACACAGUCUGCAUUCUCCCUGCUCGACAGCAUUUGGUCAUCUGAGAUGAAGUCUGGCUACGUCCUUCCUCAACACAUCAUGGCCAACUCGGAUGUUACUCGUCUCAUCAACUCUGAUGAGAUCCAGUCUGUCCUCAAGGCCAAGGGCAACCCACUCGUCAAGCGCACCAUGGUGCAGAAGAAGAACCCUCUCAAGAACAAGGCCGUGGCACUCAGGUUGAACCCUUACACCAAGGCCUUUGCCGAUGGCAAGGGCAAGCAGGACCUCACCAAGUUCUUGCCUACCCUCUUCUCAGACUAG